AGAUAGUGAAGUUGUGGGAUCGGAUUCAACUUGCUAAAAUAAGUGUAAAAAUUAUCUGCUCCUUUGCUCUCUCUUUCAUUCCUUUGUUGCCUCUGCUCAAACUUUACUCAACAAUUAUCUCACUUCCGGUAAGUUCCAGCAACAAUGCAAGGAGGAAUUCAAGCUUUUUUCUCACAUAGCAAUGUGAUCAAGAGCGCAGUCCUGCGCCACCUGCGCGUGGCGCCUCCAGCCGCUCUCUCUCUCAUGUUUGCACGCCACGAAUCCACCACGCCUGCUACUCGUAUGGAGGAGCAUGGCUUUGAGAGCACCACCAUCUCCGAUAUUCUUCGAGACAAAGGGAAAACCGCAGAUGGAUCAUGGCUAUGGUGCACCGUGGAGGAUACUGUCUACGAUGCUGUCAAGUCGAUGACUCAACACAAUGUUGGGGCUCUGGUGGUGGUUAAACCCGGGGCUGGGGAGCACAAGUCUAUUGCUGGGAUCAUCACUGAGAGAGAUUAUCUGAGGAAAAUCAUUGUCCAAGGAAGGUCAUCCAAGUCAACCAAAGUUGGGGAUAUCAUGACUGAAGAGAACAAGCUGAUCACAGUAACACCAGAUACAAAAGUUCUCAAGGCAAUGCAGUUGAUGACAGAUAAUAGGAUCAGGCACAUUCCGGUGAUCACUGGAGGAGGAAUGAUCGGCAUGGUGUCCAUCGGAGAUGUGGUUCGUGCAGUUGUGAGCGAGCAUCGCAAUGAGUUGAACCGACUGAAUGCCUUCAUACAGGGAGGAUACUAACUGUGGAGGGACUAAAGAUUGUUGUAAAUAUUUUGCUGCCAUGAAUCGUUCAACAGUAAUAAUAUGCACUCUAUGCUGACUGCUUUGUUUUAAUUAUGUGUGAUGAUCACACAACUGCUAUCUCUA